AUACAAAAUACUAUUGCUACCCCAAGUAACAGUAACAGUACCGUACUCGGGGAAGCCAGACCUGUCAUCCAACACCCCCUGUCCGAACGGCACACUACCGUACCGUACCGUACCGUACCGUACCUCCCCCCGACGAACAGGACACGAAGCCCGCGAUCCGCACCGAUCCUACCCGCAUUCGAUUCGACCCGCAUUCGACCCGAUUCGAUUCGAUUCGACCCGAUCCCCGCCCCGGCGCAGCGGAAGAGACCCCAUUGCAGCAUGUCGUCGAGACCCCCGCCCCCGCCCGCGGUGGUGGUUCCCGCCGGCGACGACCACCCCCUCGCCGCCCCUCCGACCGCUGCCCCGGCGUUUGGUUCCCCGCAGCGCCGCCCGCGGGUGGCCGCCCCCGUGGUGCCCCCGCCCCCCCCGAUCUCGGAAGCAGCCCCUGCCACCGGCCAGGGGCCCGUCUCCGUCUCCCCGUCCUCCGGGUCCCUGGACGCCCUGGCGGACGACUUUUUGUCCCUCGGGCGGGCCCCACCGAUCGCGCUCGGGCCGAGCCCGCUCCCACGGGGGGAGGCGGGGGUGGCCCGGCUGCGGACGCUCGUGGAACGCCGGGCGUGGGGGGACGUCCUCAAGCUGGCGUCGGGUCUGCUGGGCAACGGCAAAAGCAUCGGCAGCAACAAGGACGACGGAGGCGGUGCGAAGCGGAGCAACAAGGCGCUCUCGGAAAAAUAUUCGGGAGUGUACGCGUCCCUGCUCUUCGAAAGCAACAGCGAAAGCAACAGCGAAAGCAACAGCGGCGGGGAAGCGAUGGGUGCCGCCCGCCAGGAAACCGCGGAAAUCAUGGUCCUGCAGUGCAACGCGUGGCUCAAGCUCCGCAAGUACACGGACCUUUCGAGGGAGGUGAAGCGGUGGAAAUUCUUGAAGCAAAACGACGUCAACGCCGAUCCGAUCGAAUGGAUCCCGUGGGGAAUCCGUAAGUCGGUUCCUCCUUGCGCGGCGGCAAGAUGCUGCGAUUCGUUUCGUUUCGUUCCGUUUCGUUGCAACUUGAAGCGUGAACGAAGUGUUCAGGUUUUUCGCUCACCCUUUUUGAGUUUGUGUUGCACCGUUGUGCUCGUGUUUGCACCAUAACUAUUCUGACGAUUUGCAACCGCGUCUGUUCUCGAGGCACGCAGAUAUCCUGGCAGGCCAGUCGCUCGACUAUUCGGACGACACGAAGCAACAGACCACGGACGUGCUGUGCCAUCUCCGGGAGCAGAUUCCUGCCUCGGAACGCGGCUGGUUGGCACAUCUAGACAGCGCACUGGCGAAUGUAUACAUACGGAGGGGGGCCUGGCGGCUAGCGAUCGGUGCCCUCGACCGCGUGGUGGAUCUCGUCCCGGAGGCGACAAAGGCGGAGGUGGCCGCGAUGCUGGAAAUCGCCAGAAGCGGCAACGACGGUGGCUCGGCAAUAGAAACCGAUGCCGAAGAGAGAAUCACCGCGUUUUUGUCCAAAACGUACCUGUCCGAGAUUUUGUCCCGGCGGGGUCGAAUACUGCUGCAAACGGGUGGCAUUAGGGAAGCGAGCGAGGUCUUUAAACAAGCCAGAGCCCUCUGGACCGAGGCCGAAUCGAUGCCGUUGCCCCCCGUGACCCUGCUGUCCGAGCCAUUCUCGGGCCGCACCAAGGUCCUCCGGGUGGCCAUGCCGGCGCUCGUGGACAUCAAUCGAGGCCUGGUUGGGUUUUCCGAGAGCCGCUACGACGCCGCGAUGGAAUCCUUUUCGGCCGCGGUCCGGGGGCUCCGGGCCGAGCGUGGAGUGGUGGUUUCCUCCGGAUAUCGGGCACGCCACUGGACGGGGCCGGCGGUGGCGGGAUGCCAGGCACCGUCCGUUCUCUACACCGAAGCGGUCAACAACACGUCGCUCUGCCACCUCUAUACCUGUAACAUGAGAGAGGCCGUCCUGGCACUGGAGGGCCUGGUCCGGGAGGACCCAACCCUCUUUUUGACGGAACGGAUCGCCUUCAACCUGUGCACCCUGUACGAGCUUGGUUCCGAUUCUCCCGUUGCCACCCGGAACAAGAAGGUGCUCCAGCUGAUUGCCAAACGAUUUUUCUUGCACGACGUCGGUCCCGAGAGUUUUCGGGCAACGUAACACGAUGCAAACAAGGCACAUACCGAACAGAACUACGAACAGUACUCAUACUACAUUUACGUUUGAUUAUUGCAGAACGAAACUGUGCUUCCAUAGAUUGGCAUCGUAUGUGCCCCCGUGGCCUUUUUCGUUUCGAAGCGCCCGCGCUUGCCUUCCGGAUUCGCGUUUCUCGAUCACGGAGUCCGAUUGGGAAAGGCUAGACGGUCGCACCAUCGACCUCGACGGCGGUGCAGCAUUGCUUCAGCCGAUCGCCGCGCACAAUCGCGACCGAAUCGCCUCUGUCUAGUUCCCGUUUUCGCUUCAAUACCGUGCCAAACAAAUCCCUUGGAUCGGGCCGAUUGGUAGCCCCGAAAUGCGGUGCCUCGACGGUUGCCCCCCAUUUGAGCACCACGGUGUGGUGAGCGUACCAAAUCAUUCCGGGUUGAACGACACCGUUCGGAUACGUCCCAGGAGACUCUGUAAGAUCAUCCGGUUGUAUCUCUUCGAACGGGGAUGUGGCCAACUUUUCGAGCAGAAAAUCUUCCGACAGGUAGUUGGAAAGCGCACACGUCUCGUCGCCCACAACCUGUUCAAAGCCGUGGUUUCUGGUCAGACCUCACUCUUCGUCGGCCUUUUUGGCCCCCUCUGCCCCUUCGCUUGUCCACGCAAUCAAAUAUAGAUUGUGGGCCGCCUUUUUUCCCUUGCUGUAGUCUCCGAGUUUUUGCAGAUAGUAUUUGUCGUAUUUGCACCAAGAUCCACGGAAGAUCACCAAACCAACGAAAUCUUUCUGGUUACGGAUGUCGUUCAGCCAUUUUUCGGGAUUCGUUACGUACAUCUUUUUGUUGAUCAUUGUUGUGCUCAGUUCGGUUUGUUUUGUGUGUAUUUGAAUGCUUCGUUUCACAUUUUGUGUUUGGUUGCUCUAAGACACCCUCAAUCCCAUCUUGCAGCUGACAUCCAACUAGGGUAAUGAAGAGUAUGAAUCGUCAAUCGUUCGUUCUUUCUGAUGGAACAAAACUAAAUGGGUCAGGCUGGGUUCUCUUUUUGCGGGGAAAACUUCAAGUGCAUGCGAAGAAUGUACAAAUUCAAAUUCAUCAUGAUGUCGGAUUACAAUCUCUCAUUUCUCGGAAAAAAAUGGAGGCGAAAAACAUGAGGUUUCGGGUUUGAAAGAAAUCUGUCCAUUCCGAAGGGCAUCUUUUGUCAUGAAGAUGAAACAACAAUAAUAUGGAGAAUUAGAUACAGAUAAGCAACGCGAAGUGACGGGUUGAAGGAACAAGAACUAGAAGAAGAAGAGGCAGAGGAAGAAAAAAUAUCGAGAUCCCUUCGAUUGUUCAAUUUCAAAUCUAGGGAGUUUUCUGGCUCUUGUCGAGUAGCUUUUUGCAACAGACAGUAUCACAAUUGAGUUUGUUCAAAAUACAGAUUUUGGGAAGAGCUACAAUUGAUCUACACCUUUGAGUAGCGGCUUUGAAUAGAUUUAUUUUUAUUGCUCAACAUUGCCUUAAAUGUCUUGGUACAAAAAGAUUUUUCCAUCUGCACCUGCUGUAAAUAUCCAUGGUUGGGUUGGAUGGAACGACAAGGAUAGGACUCCAUGUUUGUUCUUUAUUUCGUGUCCUCGCAGAAUCUUCACGGGAACAAUGAGUGGAUUUCGCAUCAAGUCCGAAUACACCAUGCUGUGAAAGAUGUGAACAGCACCAUCGUCUGAAGCACUAGCCAUCAGAGGAUACCUAUGGUGGAAUCCGACCGAUCGAACGGCACGCUCGUGAUAUUUGAGCGUUUUGUAUGGUGUAUGAGAUAAGUCCAGAUCAAACCACACCAUUCGGCGGUCAAGACUUCCGACAAUCAAGUGAUCUCCAGAUGAGUGAAUGUCAAGGGAAGAAAUCCAGCGACAACCAGAAAUAAGUCUCUUCACCAUUG